AGCCUCACUUCCGUUUCGGUCCGUCAGCCAUGUAGAAUAGGUUAACGUCGGAGAGCAGGCUAGCGUUUUGUUUAAUACAGGCUAGCUUUAAACUUUAAGUAAACCACUCCCCUUUAUAUAUAUCUCUCUAUAUAUGCAACUGAGUAAUUUUUUAAGCUAAGAAUCCAAAAUGAACAUUAUUCCGACGACGAAACGGACGGCGCUCAUGAGCUGCUUUAUUCUUCCUCAAAAUGGAGUCGUUGAGGGACAGAUGCACUACGGAUCAGGAGAUCCCUCCGCACAGAUCCCCAUGGCCUCCCCUUUGGACUCACACAACGGGAAUGUCGGCUCCGGCGCCACCCCGAAGAGGCCCAAGAACCUGGGAGUGUCCACGACGAACGGGUUUGCGGGAAAGGGCCUCCGACAGGUCAGCGACAGCCUGGAGGACAGCUCGCUACCGUGCACUCCGGAGCUACAGUCGGACAGUGAAACCGACGUGUCGAGUUGCCCGGCGGGGGACGAGGUGCUGGAGAAUGACACGAGGCAACUGAUUAGCAGCUUCCUAAAAGACUUUACUGGACUUUCAAAGCCUCGGUGGAACGAGGGCAAAGCAUUAUCUACAAUGAAAAGAGUUGUGGAGGACGUUUUGGAAAAGCACAGAUACGCGUACAACGGUAUGAUCAACAAACUGUCGCUGGAUGACAGAGGGGACGAUGUGUCGUUUGUCAGUGCCGUAGCCAAGAGCCUCUUCGCAGACAGGACCACCAACUGGGGUCGCAUCACCAGCCUGGUGGCCUUCGGGGCAGUGGUGUGCCAGUACCUGAAGGAGAGGGGCAGGGAGAACUGCGUCGACCUGGUGAGCGAGGAGAUUUCCACAUACCUGCUCUGCGAUCAGCGAGACUGGCUGGUGAAGAACAACUCAUGGGAUGGCUUUGUAGAGUUUUUCCGAGUGGCAGACCCUGAACUGACGGUCAGGAACACACUCAUGGCCUUUGCUGGAUUUGCCGGUAUUGGGGCGACACUGGCCCUGCUGAUCAGGUGAAUCUGUUUGGACACUCAGGGACUCGUUUUUUUUUUUCAAAACCAACCUUCUCUGCUUGGGUUUGGAUAUAAGAAGAUGGAAAUUAAAACAAAAGCUACUAAGAUGAUCACACCAGUAGUUCCCUUCAUGUGUCUGAUGGGGCCCCCCUUCCGGCUGCGCCUGCAAAAUAAGUUGGAGGAACUGACUUUACUUUCAACAUUCAAUGUUCAAACAAUUAGGUUAUAUUUAAUGUACGAAGAAAUUUAUUUUUCUAAUAAAUGUAAAAUAUGUUUCUAUGCAAAUUGAAAUGGUUAUGGGGAGUCUGAUUUGUGCUAUAUUUUUCUCAUAAUUAUGUUUACCAUUUGGUCUAUAAUUUUAUCACAAUUCUCUGGUGAAAAUGGUUUGUUGGCAAGCCCCAGGCCAAAGCAGGAAGGGAACGCUGCAUCUCUUCACUCUGUGCAGCCAUGAAGCCCGUUUCCAUACAGCCCAUUCAGAACUCCUGGAUUCUUUGUAUGGACAUCAAGUGAGGGGGCAGAAGGGGUGGAAUUUGCAUGAGUGUAGCUGGACUUCCUUGCUAUGAAAAUGUUGGAUCUGCACCAGGGGUCAAGACCAACCCCAUGCUGGACUUUUGGCUAUACAGGAUCCUGGACAGUAUGAGUCUGGGGGAAAAAAUACGGACUGUGAGUGGGGAAGAUGCAGAUAGACUGCACCAGAGCUGACAGUCACUGGAUAAGGAUUUAUCUUUUUUCCCCUGCAGAGAGAAAACAGAUGUUGAUUAAACAGUAAAGACACAAGUGUAAACUAAACAUUUGUAUAGAAAAAUAAAAGAGAAAUCUAAUUCACGUGCUUU